ACACGGAGAGGACUUGACUGAAGCCUGUGUUGCCUAUUAGAGAUUACUCAGACGGCUAGAAAGCGAAUUCACGCUUAUAGUUUUGUUUCUCAGGCGGGUACAUUUAGCUCUAUGUUGUAUAUGAUUUUGGAAUCCCACAUUGGACAUAUUCAGAUAUCAUUUACUCGGACGGGAAUAUCCGGUGGUCAUACGGGACAAUUGAAUUUGUGUUCAAGCCAGUGCUGGAGGAUUUGAACGCCAGGCUUCACGCGCUUCAAGCUUCUGACAGCGAAUGUAUUUCACAUCGGAUUAAACUUCGGGAAAGUUAAACAUUUUCUCGGAAGCAAGCGGAUUUGGUUUCUACUCAUAUUGUGCGAUGCGCUGAAUUGUGCAGUGAUUAUUUCGAGACUCAAAGAAAAAGAGCAUCGUGGACGUUUUGAAUUUCUGUUCUGUUGCGGACAGCAAGAAUGUGCUUACUUAAAAUUAGUUAAGUAAAUAUAGCAUCCAUAUUUUACAUAUUAACUAUUUAAUCAAUUUAAACUGCGUAGCCAAAUCUACAAUCUUUCUCGUUAUAAUGACCUGGAGCUGAGACUCGAAAUAGAGGACUGUCUCCGAACUAGUAGAAGAGCGGUUCCUGUUGUUGGAACAUGAAGUCAGUUACUGGUCUGUUUGCUUUAACUGUGUUGCUGUGUUACACGAUCUCAUCCUGGAGCGCCACUAUCAACAGCCAUGGAGUAGACAUUUCUAAGCUGGGUUCCGUUGAAUUAAGGAGCACAUAUAACUUCAGCACCUUCCUGUUGGACCGUGCGUCUGGGAUGCUCUACCUUGGUGCGCGUGAUGCAAUCAUUGCCGUGGAUACUGCUAACCUAUCAAAGAGGAAGUUGAUUGAAUGGAGUGUUCCAGAAGACAGGAGGAAAUCUUGUGUUGCUAAGGGGAAAACCGAGGAUGACUGCAAGAACUACGUCCGCCUGCUGGAGUUUUUGGAAGAUGGACGCAUAUAUGCCUGCGGGACCUUCGCCUUUGAUCCCCAGUGUGGUUUUAUUAACAUCUCUUCAUUUUCUCUGGAGAAACAUGAUGAUGGUAGCAUGAUGUUGGAGACCGGGAAGGGGAAAUGCCCCUUUGAGCCCAGCCAGCAUUACACCGCUGUCAUGGCAGGAGGGAUCCUUUACACUGCCGCCACAAGUAACUUCCUUGGCACAAUGUAUGACAUUUCCAGGGCAACGGGCAUCGAGCAGGAACGCAUCCGGACUGAGCAAUCAAUCAACUGGCUUAGUGAUCCAGAGUUUGUCAGUUCUGCCUUCAUCCAAGAGGAUGAGAAGAACAAUCCUUCUGGUGAAGACGACAAAAUUUACUUCUUCUUCACUGAGGUGGCUAAAGAGUAUGACCUCUACACCAAAGUCAAAGUGCCCAGAGUUGCCAGGGUCUGUAAGUCUGAUGUAGGUGGUAUGAAGACUCUGCAGAGGCGGUGGACGACGUUUCUGAAGGCUCAGCUGGUGUGUGAAGAUCGAGCAAGUGGACAGCGAUUUAACGUUCUGACUGAUGUGUUUACUGUACAGCACCAGCCUGGAGACCCCAGCAGCACACACUUCUAUGGCAUAUUCACCUCACAGUGGGAAAGAGAGGAGCUGUCAGCCGUGUGUGUGUACAGUCUGGAGGAGAUCACUAAGGUGAUGAACGGACCCUUUAAAGAGCUGAAGAAGAGCUGUGAGAACUGGAUUAACCCAGAGCCCAUUCCAACACCACGACCUGGACAGUGUUUGAAUAGUGCUCUGAAAGAGCAGGGCUUUGAGUCCUCCCUGAAGCUGCCUGAUAAAGUGCUGACGUUCACGCGUGAUCACCCGCUCAUGGAGAACAGUGUGGUGGCGGCACCAUUAAUGAUCAGAAAUGGCAUCACAUACACUAAACUUGCCGUUACCUUAAUAACGCCCUCCAGUGACACGAAGCAACAAACGGCCACUGUUUUGCACCUUGGAACAGAUCAUGGAGAGCUACACAAAGUCGCUGUAGUUGGUCCAAAUGCAACUCUUAUUGAAGAAGUCGCCCUGUUUUCUGCACAGGAGCCAGUGAAUAACAUAUUGCUAUACAAAGAUGAGGCUCUGGUGGGCUCUCCUCUCUCUCUGGUGAAGGUACCCAUAGUGGGUUGUUCUCUAUACUCUACCUGCGAGGUGUGUGCACGUGCCCGAGGCCUUGGCUGCGUAUGGAGGAAUAAAGAGGGAGCUUGUGCUAUGGCGAAGCCGGGUGAAGUGGUAGAAUCAGAAGAUUUGGUCAGGCAAUGCAAUAAAGGUGAAGGUCUUUGUUCCCCACCUGUAAUUGAAAUGCGUGUGGAAGAGGGUCUGCGCGUCCUGCUUUCGUGUGUGCAGGUGUCUCCUCGUCCUUGCCGCUGGGAGAAUCCCUCUGGCAGUCACACCCGCCGCCACAACUAUGACCUGGAGGUGCAGGUCACAGCGCAGAGCCUGGGCACAUACACGUGCCUAUGUGAUGAAGUGGGCAGAGAUCAGCCACCCUGUCGCAAAGCCGUGUACCAACUGACCCUUGAAAAGCCCAGCAUGGGGGGGAACGUAGCCAUUGCGGGUGGCCGACACUUCCUGGCCUCGCACAUCAUUUUUUUCGUCAUAGGUUUUGUAUUGGGUGUCAUCCUGUUGUUUCUAAUUUACAAACGGCAAGGUGGCAUGAGAGGGGGCGGGCACUCAUCGUCCACAUUGGAAAAAGGGCGGGACUUGCUUCCUUCAACAGACACGCCGCAGUCUCCAUGCAGCGACAGUCUGUUGUCGGAGGCUGUUCCGUUAACAGAGAAAAGGAACGGGACGCUGAACGGACACAGUAUGCACCCGGGUGGGCACAACGGCAGGCAUAUUUACACCAACACAAGUGGACUGAAACUACAGGAGUCAGCUGUGAACCUGGCAGAGGAGCUGGAUGGCCGAGAAAGGGCGGGGCCAGACGGAGAGGAGGAGGGACUAGGGGACGUGCUUAGUGAGAUGGAGGAGGAGUUUUCUAAAAUCCCUUGCCUAAGAGGAGCACCACUGGCAAAGUGCGAAGAAAGCUCGAUAUGAUGACCGGCACACAUGUGAUCUUUGAAACUAAACUCUGUGAAAGGCUCACAAACACAGACGGAGGGCUGGAGGAGAAGAGGAAAGCAGACAAUCAAAAAAAAACUGAUACACAUUCCAAAUAUACGAACAACAAUGCGCAGUUACACAAAGAAGCACAUACACGACUGACUCCUCUACUACUCCAUUACAUCACCAUCCAGUCCUGUGUACAUAACAUGCUGUGUAGAUCUGUGUCUAUCCUACUGUUUUUGCAUGUGUUUGA